AUGGAUAAUUGGGUUGGGUGUGGUCCUUUACAAGAUUUUUGCUCGGUGAUAGGAGAUAUAAGCCUUUCAGUUGCUGAAGUGAUUGAUGUUAGGGGACCAAAAAAUGAGAUUAUUUCUGGUUUGGUUCCGUCAAAGAUAGUGCAGCAGAUAAAUGAAGCUGGUGUGAGGUUGAAAUCUAAUAAACUAGAUGUGUUGAUUUGGAAACAUUCAGUAGAGGCGAAUUUUACAACAAGGAAUUGGAAAGGAAUGAUGAUGUACUGGUGGCAGAGAGCAUCAAUCAUAACUCAAGUAGGAUGGAUAAUGGGUGUACUACCAAUUCUUAUUUCUUGGGCUUUAUGGGAGGCUAGAUGCUCAUCAAGAAUGGAAGGAAUUAUUUUCAACAUAGAAGGUGCAGUUCGUUAUGUAAAAUGUCUUCUUAAAGAGGCUUCUUGUUUGCUGCAGAAUUUUCAAAAAAUAAGAAAGGGAGACAACGUGGUAAUGCAAAACUUUAGAUUGCUGAUAAUACCAACGCAUAAGAAAAAAGUGAAGUUUGUGAAAUGGGAAAUGCCACAUUCGGAUAUGAUAAAAUUAAAUGUUGAUGGUGGGGCUUGUACGAAUCUGAGAGAGGCAGGAGGUGGAGGUGUGAUUCAGGAUUCUAAUGGGAGUUGUAUUGCUGGUUUUGCGCAUUGCUACGGAUAUGCGACGAAUACGGUUGCCGAAUGUCGUGCAUUACUAGAUGGUCUCCGCCUUUGUAAACAGUUACGGUUUCAGAUUCAGAGUGUUCUAGUAGAAUCAGAUUCAUUGGUGGUUAUGAAUUGGCUAGCUUCUGGUAUUUGUCAUCUUUGGUUUCUUGGAAUUUUUGGGAGGAGAUAA